AUGUGCUGCUGUGGAAGAUACUAUGGAGGCCUGGGCUAUGGCUAUGGAGGCCUGGGCUACGGCUAUGGUGGCCUGGGCUGUGGCUAUGGUGGCCUAGGCUGUGGUUAUGGCUGUGGCUAUGGUGGCUAUGGUUAUGGUUGCUGCCGCCCACUGUGCUACAGAAGAUGCUGGUCUUAUGGCUUCUAUUGA